AUGAAGAUAGAGCUAAAGUGUGGCUGUCUGCUGCUCCUGGCACUGCUAAUACCAGUGACAGUGAUUCCACUGUACAUCUACACGUCCACAAACACUCCAACACGCGGCAGUAGACUCCACGGCAGAGGUAUAACCAGCUCCAACGAUGGCAACUGCAGGGAGCUAGAACUGCAGCUGGAGUAUCUACAGACUCUCAUGAAGGCAGAGGAGCAGCAGCACGCAGGUGCAAUGGAGAGACUGAGGGCACAGGGAAUAGAGACAAAACGGAAACUAGACAUUCAGAGAGAGUUAGUGACAGAGUUAGAGCGAAGAAAUCAGCAGCUCAUCGACAAGCUACAACAUUUGGAGUCGGGUGGGCCGAGGCACCGAGAAGACGAUUAUCGCUUAGCUCCUGAUAUUAGCCCCUAUAAAGUCCGCACGCUCAACAUUCAACAGAGGUCAGAGUUUGAAGUAAUACCCUACACGUCAUUCAGUAAAGACAAGCUAUACUCUCUAGAGAUGGGGAUGGUGAACAAGCCGGAGGCAAAAGCCAUUGGUGACCGUGAAAAAGAAAUGGACGAAGUAAUGGAAAAAGCUCUGGAAGUUUUGAACGACGACGACGAAAAACAGCAGUACACUUUCCACGAUCUUCUUGAGGGAUACAUGAGAAUCGAACGUACAGUUGGGACAGAGUACGACAUGUAUUUUAGAGUGAAGGACAAGAAACACGUCUUUCAACAGGAAGGUCGAGAAGAGGUGAAGGAUAUCCUCGAGAAGGUCGCCGCAAAACACCACUAUUCGCACUACAAGUUUAUCGCAAAAGACGAGGAGUUUUCUCGCGGAGUCGGUCUUUUAGCCGGAGCGCAGGUGUGGGACCAGGGCAACGUCUUGCUCUUUUUCUGCGACGUGGACAUCGUUUUCAAGCCCGAUUUCCUCGAUCGUUGUCGACUCAACGCGGCCCCGAGUUCGAGACUCUUCUACCCCAUAGUGUUCAGUCUAUACAACCCAUCGGUCGUGUACAGCGACCAACCCUCGGUUCCUGGCUGGAAAGACCAACUAGUCAUGAACAAACAAUCCGGGUUCUGGAGGACUUUUGGUUUCGGCAUGACCUGCAUGUAUCGCUCCGACUUCCUCUCCAUGAGAGGUUUCGACACCAAGAUCCAGGGAUGGGGGUUCGAGGACGUCAAACUAUACAGAAAGUUCAUUCGCAGCAGUCUGGAGGUCGUACGUGCGCCGGACCAGGGGAUAUUUCACCUGUGGCACGAGAAGACGUGUGAUCCUCUGUUGCCUCCGGCACAGUACCGCAUGUGUCUCGGUAGCAAGGCAAUGAGUGAGGCGUCCCACGAGAACCUGGGGAGACUCGCAUUCAAGGAGCUCAUUCUGGAGAACGAAAAACUACACAAUCAGUUUGACAAUAUUUAG